GUCAAUGGCAGGAUACCAGCUCUGGUCACCAUGGACCCCACUGGAUGAGAGUUUCCAAUGGCUGCGGCACACGACACCUAUACCUUCCUCCAAGCACCCCUUCAGGGCCUCUCCCUGCUUCCCACACACACCAUCUGACCUUGAAGUGCAGCUGUGCUUUCAAGAGGUCACUCUAGUCCUAGACAGCCCAUUCCUGGAAUCUGGAGUGAGUCCCAAGUUACCCUGUCACACAUCAGAAUUGCGAACAAUGAACAACAAAGGACUGGUCAGGAAGCCCCAGCCCAUCCGCCUCAGUGGAGUAGAUUCUGUCUUUGGCAGGGUUAUCACAGCUCAGCCACCAAAAUGGACCGGGACUUUCAGAGUUUCAGACAAGUCAGCCUUUUGCAAAAUCAUUAGCAGGGAGCACCAGUGGCCCAUUGGACUGAAGGAGCCUCAGAUUCAGAUGACAGUGACUAUGUGCAAACAGAUGCUGCGCUCUAUCCUCUUGCUGUAUGCAACUUACAAAAAGUGCACCUUUGCCCUGCAGCACUCCAAGUAAAGGGACCUCAUUUGAUCCCCAUUUCUUCACACCAUGCCCUUUGGUAUGUAACUGAAGCUUAUAGAAACCUGUCCAUGUAAAUGAAACUGUGUCACUGCCCCAGC